AUGCCCCCUAAUACCUCAAAUGUUUUGGAGCCGCAUCCCCACUGGCACUACACGAAUUCUAUUUCGUUCGAAGAGAAGUUGGCUCCACCCGCCAGGAAUUUUCUUCUUUUCAAAAAGAAGAUGAACACCACACGGCAAAAACUGGUGAAAGAGGCCCAUAAUGGAAGCAGUCAUCGUCUCGACAGGUGCUGGCAUAUUCCCAUCAUCGCAGCCCUGGCAAUGUUGGCGGCCUCAAUCGGGCGGCAAAAUUCCGGAUUCUUCUAUGUGGGACUCAUGGAAGUGUUCAGCGUCAAUCGAUCGGAUGCAUCCUGGCCAAACAGUGUGACAUCUCUCCUCAUAAAUUUGGCAGGAAUCUUGGUCUGGCUGCUCAGGUUUCGACUGUCUGCUUACCAAAUUUCUCUGAUCGGCAGCCUAUUUACCUGGACUGGCAUCGUUUCAUCAGCUUUUGCGCCCAGUAUGCAAUGGACGACCGCCACAUUGGGCGCUAUUUACGGUACCGGUGUAGGAAUCGUCACGUUAUCUCUCGCCUACAUUAACGUCUUAUACUUCGACAAGUACCGGGGAAUAGCUUGCGGCGUAAAAUUCGCUGGCGUGUAUUUAGCAUCCCUGAUUUUCCCGCCGGCCCUCGUGUAUUUUGAGGAAGCAUAUGGCUUCCGUGGCACCCUACUUCUCACCGGUGCAAUUACAAUGCACGUAACAGCCUUUUCUCUCACGCUAAAGGUGCCCCAAUGGAUGAGACAGAAAUCGCAAGUCAGACAGCCUAUCAAGUAUCAAGCUCCGGAUUACUCAACAAUUGUCGACUAUUCUAUAGAUAAGGGUUUCGCUCUGGAAACAGCCGAAUUCAUCGUUGUGUAUUCAUCAGUUGCCCAACUGGUGGGAUGUCUAAUUGUCCCGCUUCUGGCUGACCGCGGAUUCAUGAAACGAAGCACACUGAUCGUGGUCAAUCUAAUCGUUCUCGGUUGCUCGCUGUUAAUCCUUCCAGAAGUUGAGAAGUAUACCUAUGUUGUCAUUUUUUGCUUCUGCGUAGCAAGCUCGUCAGCAUUCCUCGGAGCCAUAAAAGCUGCAAUUAUCACUGACUACCUUGGAGCUGAUUCAUUCCCAUUGUGUUGUGCAUUGUUGGGACUAUCAACGAUGCCCUUGUUUUUGUGCAAUCCUACAAUAAUAGGUGUGUUCAGAGAUUCCACGGGGUCAUACGACAACUACUAUCGGCUCCACGGGGGACUUUCAAUUUUCGCCGGUUUUAUAUUUUCAACCGUUUGCUGCUUUGAUAGGUGGAGCAGCAGGUCAUGGACGCCUAAAUAA